AUGGAUCAAGUAAAACAAGGUCAAGAUUUAUUACAUGCAGAAAGUGAUUAUGUAAGACAAGUAGUUGGUGAACCAUUACAUCAUGGUCUAUGUUCUCUAUUAUUAUAUCAACCAUUAGAUCCAAUUGACUUUUUAGCCAAUUACUUACGUUAUUGGGUAAAGCAUGUCAGGGAUUAUAGACGCAGAAAGAUUGCUGAAAUGCAAGUUGAAUGUCUUCUACAAGUUCAGUUACCAUGGAAUGUUGGUGUAAUUGCUGAACAGGCUAAACGUCUUGAACAAGAUGCUUUAGAUACCGCACGUAAAAUAGCCGCUGAAGAAGCUCGCAGGGCAGCUCUUGAAAGAGCCCGUAUCAAAUCAGCCACAGACACAGCAACACGUAAAUCAACUGAUAGAAUUCGCAAUCAAGAGACGGAAUUGAUUAUUGCUAAUGCAGUUAGCAUUAUUGAGAACACUGCGUUUAAAAAAUAUGAACAGGCAGAAAAAGCCAGAAAACUUGCAGAGGAAAGAGCCAGACGACGAGCUUUAGAAGAAGAUGAAGAAGGAGAAAGUCAAACAGGUCAGGAGGAAGAAGAAGAAGAUGAGGAAGACGAUGAGGAAGACGACUGA